AUGAGAAUUGAUCGUAACAUUGAAGAAGACGACGCUGAAUACAUUAGAAACGAUAUCAAUGAGGGAAUAUGGGUCAAUUGUGAUUCAGGCAAACAUAAACAAAAAAAAAAAGAAAACGUGUCUAAUUGGUAACUUGAUAUAUAGCUUACUUUAUAUUGUGGUUGUGAAUGGUCCUGAAUACUUAACAAUUUGUUUAUGCUUUUAAUAUUUCAUAUACACUACUUGUUAUAUAUAUAGCUAACUUUGAAGUUUGUUUGUUAAUGGUGUAGACAUGGCGAACUCAGAAUCAGGAUCUGAUUCGGGAGCAGAAAAUGAGUGUCCAACCACAAUACCUACACGAGGGCCGACGCAAAUGAAUGAAAUAUCCAAACUAAUGGAUCAGGGCAAAAGAGUGGCCCUCGAAGUAAAUGAUAAAGGUCAAUACUGUGGAAAAAGCUAUGCGGAGCUCGUAUCCACUCUAGGAGUCAGAUGUCGACAGACAAUAGGGUUGGCUUAUAAAAACUGGAAAGAAGUCAACCAGACUCUGAAAAAUAAAGUUUGGAAAGACAUUCAGACGGGGUUCAUUGUGCCGGACACCUUCAAACAUGAUUGUCUCAUCCUAGCUGGGAAGUUAAUGAAAGACUUCAAGAAUAGGAUGACAAAAGACAUCAUAAUGCCCGCGUUGAAAGAGAAUGAUCUGGGACGACUGGCACAAGUCCCUGAAAAGCACCCGGAGAUCGACCCUGCUGAUUGGUGCAAAUUUGUUGAAAGUCGACUAACUCCUGAAUUUCUGGUACGCUAAUUAUAUUAACACUAAGAUAAACUCUUAAAUACAAGUACGUGAACGUUCCUCAAAAAUUCAAUCCAGACAUCGAAGUGGUCGGAGUGGAAUGGUGAACGUACGGGAAGCUGUGGUAAGUAAUACUUAAAAUUUAAUGUGCUAUAAUGUGCUAUACAAUUUAAUUGGUACUCAUUUCAUUGUUAUAACGUUAUGUAGAAAAAGGACCUCGAAGUUGCAGAUCCUCCCCGCCACCGUGUUUGGAUUAAAUCUCGCACCAAGAGUAGAAAACUUGUCAUUGAUUACGACAAGGAAAUUGCCGAGAAGAUAGUAAGUAUAUAUUAAUCCUUAAUUGAGUUCUACUCAUGAGUUAGUGUAUAUAAUUCAUAUACUAAUUGCUUGAAUAUAUGCGUGCAUUAGGCUCAAUUAGAGGAGAAGCUUAGUCAGGGACAAAUUCAGGUCCAGGGCCAAAACGAUAUCCUCACGCAGGCGCUCGGGACUCCAGAGCAUCCUGGACGUGUCAGGGCUGCUGGGUAUGCUAUUACUUCAAAUGUUAUUUAUUUAGUUACACAAA